AUGUCAUCAUCAUCAUCAAUUAUUGCAUCUCUUACGAUUAGUUAUGAACAAAUCUUUAUUUAUUUUGGUAUACCAAUUCUUAUUUUUGGAUUAAUUGGUAAUACGCUAAAUAUCAUUGUACUUAUGAGUCUUGAAACAUUUCGACAAAAUUCUUGUGCAUUCUAUUUAACUAUUAUGUCAAUUGUUAAUAUUGCACAAUUAAUUACAGGUUUACUAACACGUAUUAUGAGUGGUGGUUAUUCUAUUGAUUGGACACAAACUUCAUUAUUUUAUUGUAAAUUUCGAAUAUAUGUUUUUCAAUUAACUUCAUUUAUUUCAUUUUCAUGUAUUUCGUUAGCAACUAUCGAUCAAUAUUUUGCUACAUGUACUCGUGAACGUUGGCAACAAUGGUGUCACAUUAAAAUAGCAUAUCGUUUACUGAUGUUAAUCAGUUUUAUUUUAAUUAUUGAACAACUUCCAGGUUUGAUUUUCUUCGAUCAGAAAAAAAUCGUUAGUGCAGUUGGAAAUACUACCAUUUGUACAGUUACCGACACAUAUUUUAUACAAUUUAAUAAUUAUUUCAAUUAUCUUAUUCUUGGAAAUUUGUUACCUUUUAUAUUAACAUUUUCCUUUGGUCUAAUGGCGUAUCAUAAUGUUCAACAAUUAGCAUAUCGAACAAUUCCUCUUGUCAGACGUGAAUUAGACAAACAAUUAACUGUCAUGGUUCUUACACAAAUAGUAUACAAUUUUAUAACUCUUUUACCAAAUUUAAUUCUGUAUCUUAUUGUUUCUUAUGGUAAUAUUCAAGAUUUAAUUAUUAAAGCACAAUUAAAUGUAGUUAAUGCUAUUACAAUAUGUUUAUAUUAUGCAUAUUUUGCCGUAGGUAUUCAAUUUUGA